CCUGUUCAGAUUACGCUAUUAAACAUAUCAUAAUUGGCGUUUCGUAAUAAAUUGGUUGUUUUUUACUUAAUAUUUCAUACAUUUCGAACUGUCAUCAUAUAGCACCUCAAAAACAUAAAUCAAGUUGAUAAUUACGAAUAAAAGACAUUUUCUGGCUGGCUGCACGGAAAACUUAGGUUCUGUCAAGAUAACUGUCACAAGCUUUGUUGUCAGUUUCAGUGUCAGUUUCUCACGUUUCGUAUGUACAAAGUUUUGUGAAAUUAUUUUUCCAACUUUAACUUCAUAAUGGAUAAAUCCGAUGCCGGUCCAUCCUCGGGUCCAUCUAAGCGCAACAAAGUGAAAAAACGCUGCUUCUGGUCGGCCGCGCAAAUUGACCUGCUCUUUGAACUGUGGGCGGACAAGAUUGGUGCUCUUCGUGGGACGCGUAAAAACAGCCAUAUUUUCGAAGAAAUGCGGCAAAGUUUCAAUGAUCAUGGCUAUCAUGUUUCGGCAACAGACAUAAAGACAAGGAUCCAUAAUAUGACCGCACGUUAUAGGAAAGAAAAGGCUGCAGUUGGACCAUCGGGUGGAUCGCCUUCGGAGUGGUCGCUAUUCGACCGAGUGAAUGGUAUCCUCGGAAGUUUUCGGAUACAUAAUGUCAACUCUGUGGUCGUCGACAGUAUUAUUGAUGAAGACUUUUGCGUAGAAUAUCUUGAGGAAGAUCCGGCGUUCCCGUACAUUCAGCCGUCGUAUACAGCAACGCAAGAGGUCACGGAAACACAAGAGAUCACAGAAACACAAGAGAGUAUUUCUCCGCUAGUUUCCCCUUCGCAGCCUGAACGCCCGCCUUCAAAAUUACGAAGAAAUAAAAGUCUGCAUGCUGAUUUGAUGUAUGAAUUUAAGAGAACUAAUGCUCGCAUAGAAUUUGAACUCGAUCGUUUGAGAAAUGCUGACGAAGACGUAUUACAGAUGGAACGCGAAAGGAACGAAAUACUUAGAGAUAUGGCUGACAAUUCAAAAGAACUGAAUGGGGCAUUAAUUCAUUUUCUGUCGAAGUAAAACUAUAGUUUUUUGAUAAAAUUUUAAAUGAAACGAAUUCUCAGUAUUAUUUUCGAACCUGGUGUUUAUCCCUUCGAAUUCGUAUUUCGGCUAUAACAAAAGAAAGUAAUGCUUUAAUUAAAGGAAUGAAAGUAGUUAUACUUGUCACGUUUUUUUAUAUUUAAAAGCUAUUAAUAUUUCAUAAAACUUGCUCAUCAUGUUCACGCAAUGGUUCCUGAGUAUCGAUGUUAGAUUUCAGUGCUGCGAAAGAAAUAUAAAUAGCAUUAAACAUUUUGAAUACCAGAUGUUAACUUAAAAUAAAAUUAUUUUAUGGAUCUGAAUAAUAUAAGAGAAAUAUUAGAAAGCAUUUAUGUAUAAAUGUGCUCAGAAUAAUAGAGGAAAAAUCUUAUGUUCUAAUACAAUUAAAUAAUGAUAAAUAAUAAAAAAAACGAAUAUCAAUGUAUUGCUUG